AUGCCCUUCGGAACGGUUGUUCGUAGUCCAGGAAAAAAGCGGAUGAAGGCCAGGGCAGACCACUACGUGUCCGUACCAGGAAACGCACGAAAGCGUGCAGCAAUCCAGUCGCGACUCGCGUCGCUUAUAGCUACUGCACGAGCAGCCAGCUCGCCGUUAGUAAACGAUGGCGGACAGACGCAAGAGGAGAUGGUCGAUAUUGCAGAGGGGGAGCCAGGCAGAGAUGUUGGAGGGGUUGACCAGGAUGGUAUAGCCGGAAGGAAUGGUAUGGACAUCGAUAUUCUGGAACCCGCAGAUCCAGAUUCGUUCAUCAGCUACAUUACUGGAAUAUCGACACCCAGCCUGAAUCUGCCUUCAUCGGAUAAUGUCAGUACGACACGUCUCAGUGACGCGUCUUCGUUGAAUAUACGCUGGAAAGACCUACUCCCAACCCUGAUGGAUUCUUUCCUGGUCUAUCGCAACAAGUCCGUGCGCAGGCUCGAUCCGUUACCGCUGCAAUUCACACGUCACUGUUCGACGGGAACCUGUAAACCAAGACAGUCAAAAGUGCGGUGUUACACGUUGUGCAGUUACUGCGAUAUCGUGGUACCUCACUGUGAAUGCCUGACAUUACCUCAGGUUUUAGUGCAGCAUGGAAUGUUCCCCGCAUCUCCCUCACGCCUACGGACCGCAUUCUCCAUCGAGCUCCUUGACCUGUAUCAUAGGUUGUGGCAGCGUUCAUCGGAUGCAAUUACAUCCUUCUCUAGUGCCCUAAUUGCAACAUACAAGUACCGCGGUUUUUCGUUGUAUGGUGAAAAGGGCGGUGAACAGCAUGACCCGAUUCGUCGUCCGCUUAGCCAGGCUAUACAAUGGUAUGACUGUCUUGCAGUCAUGGUAGAACGCCAGGUAAACAACAUCAUUGAUACCUGCAUCUCCGAGGGUAGUGCGCCUUCUCCUACUGCUCAUGCCUCUGGCUCGUCGAAUUUACGGGCGGCUGUCGACACUGCACCGACGCCCGCAGCGCUUGAACCGUUUGGCAGCGGUGCGCCGGGUCCUUUCGAGGAGUUGUCCAAAGACGAGUGUGCUGCAAGGUUACAGCGCCUGUGUCCCUGCUGCUUCGGUGGUAAUAAAUAUGGGCUUUCAUUUGACGAUGGUGGCGACAUUCACGUAGCACUUGAUGGUAAUUUGCACCAUCGACAGCUAGCUUCGGCUGGAGAGGGAGUUCCCUUUUAUGACUCAACACGAUUUCUCUCCAAGGCCUUUGUGGAUAGCGUAGGAGAGCGGAUGGCAGCAGCCCGAAAGAAACCACCAAAACCUCGAAAUCCGAAGGUUCCUGAUGAAGCAAUUGAUCAGUGUCGUGAGUCUUAUCAUGCUGCAAAGGGUGACUCGAAGAAUGCGGCUUCGGAUGUCUUUCGUGAAAGGGGACUUAUGGGACUUGUUUGCCGACACGACAUACCAGUUCUCAUAGCGUCUAUCGAUACGCCAGGGGAACAACAGAAGUAUGCGAUAGCACUGUUUGAAGCACUGCAUCUACAGCUGGUCAACACGGAUCUGGUUUUACAUUUGAGGAUGGUAUUUCCAAAUACUGGAACGGAGAAGGCACCCCCUAUCUCAAUGCAGGACUUCAUUGGGGGGGCAAGAGUUCCGAAGCGUUCAUCGUCUUCCCCCCCACCUGUUGAAGAUCGUGGACAAGAUCCACGUGCGCAGAAGAAGCCACGACAAGGUUCCUACUCGCUCCCAGAAUUCCCUGCAUUCAGUGCAGGAACCGUCGCUUCCUCUACAGCUACUGCCCCCGUAAAACACGCCACUCCAGCUGUACAACAAGCUGCCCCAAUGUUGCACGCUCCAGCAGCUAACGCCGCCGUACAACCGGCUGCCCCUUUGCAGGCCACUCCAACAACAGCAGCACCACCUGGCCCAUACUGGCAGACUCCCCCCCAUGCACCGCUUCAGUGGCCAUCUGGAACUGUUCCGGGACACCCUGGAUAUCCAUCCAAUGUGGCACCGUUUGCCGCCCCCACGCCAACCUCACAGCAACCUGGAUAUCCAUCGUUCGCCCCCCCCAUGCCUACCGCACAGCGACCAGCCAUGUCCCAGGAACAGUUUCAGCAAUUUCUUGCGCUUGCGGCGUCUCUCUAUCAACCUCAACCUGGUAAUAUACCUGGUGCGAGUGGCUAUUCUAUGCGGGGGCAGGAUGCUGCUCCAAAGUAG